GCAGCGGACCACACGGACCUCAGCUUUUUGUCACUCACCAAACUGGAGGAACUCAAACAAGUAAUGGAUAACCUAGAAGCUGAGAUAGCAGACUAUGAGCACCAGGCUGGUAUGCCAACCCCUCCCCCACCCCAGCAACACAAGUCCCCCACCCUCAGGGGAUACACCACGUCCCUACUGGAGGCCAUCACCAGACUCACAAGGCACAUCAAGGAGAGUGAAUCUCAGCUGCGCUCAGAAGCCAUCCUCAGACAUCACUUGAUGGAGGAGAUAGCAGAACAGAGAGCUCUUGUAGAUGUGCUGACAGCGGAUAUCAUAAAUACCCAGGAGCAGUACACUGUGCUGAGGGGGGAGUUUGAUCAGUACAGGGCUAAGACUGAGGAACAGAUCAACUAUCUUAAGCACACACUGUAUGCAGUGAUGAAAGGCUCAGGAAAUAGAUCCAUGGAUGGCAGCACAGAAAUGUCAGCACAGAGUUUUGUACCAAGUGAAUCUUCAGAUGCCAGCAUGGCACCCCAGACCAUCCCCACUCACCUCCGACCUCUGCAGCCAGCUGUUCUCCUGUCUCCUCCCAGACAGAGGGACCAGAGAGCACCUCAGCAACAAGCAGCACCAGUCCAGCCUGUCCCCACUAGUCUGGCAGACCUGCAUCAGCGAGUGUCGGAGGUGUACAGGACCCUGGGGAAGGUGCCCAGUACCACAGUCCCCACCCCCACCGCCUCCAUAGUCAUCUCCCAGCCUACAGAGGUGAGUGUGGUGGAGCGCAGCAGGGACAGCCUGGGGACGUCACCACUGCCUCAGCCUCAUCUCUACACUACAGACAGGGCUGUCUCUGGGGCUGUCAAUGGUGUGGCACUGCCACAGUCAGGCCUCAGUAGGGACAGCUAUGGGCAACAGCUGACUGGGGGGCAGGGAUCCAGCAAAACUGGGAGACCUGUGCCGGUGUUCGCCCCCUCCCCAGAGCUGCCCGGUGUGGCUGGUGUGAGGCAGGGCAGACGGGGGAGUCUGGAGGAACAGUUGUCUGUCCUGUCCCAGCAGCACACACAGGCACAGAGAAGGCUGCAGCAGAUGGAGCAGUGGAAGAAGACUGUAGGGGUCAGUCCUGAGGAUGCAGUGCAGUUCAGUGGGGCCCCCAGUCCUGAGGCAGUCCAUGAGGAGCAGGUCCUACAGCAGCAGAUAGACCUGCUGCUGCACAAACAUGAGGAGGCCCAGGCACGGCUGCAGGGGCUGGUGCAGCAGUAGCAACAGAUCAGCCUGGACAGGCAGCUGAACAGUGCGGCAGGCAGCACAGGCACAGCCUCCACCUCUACAGAGUUCACACAGCUGCCAACAUCUUUACCAUCGGUCACCCCACCCUCAUCCCUACCCCAGGGGACUCAUCUCCCCGUGUCCCCACCCAUCUCCCCCAUCCCCUUCACCCUCAGCAGUGCAGCCCCACCCCAGCCAGUGGUGACGUGGGGAGGGGCAGGGCGGGAGAUUCGCGUGUCCGUGCCCCGUAUGGACGACCUGGAGCUAACAGCCACCAGCACACCUUCCCCUCAUGUGGCAAACAACAGUAUUGCACGCAGCUCCCUUGGCAGUACAAAGCAGUCUCCCAUUCCUGUGAACCCUGUUGGGAUCAGGCCUGUCAGUAAGGCAUCUACUGAGGAUGGCUGGUUUGCCCUCUCAUCCCAUGUGUCAUAGACAGGAUGUUUCUACACAGGAAUAAAACAAUGUUCUUAACUAAAAACAAACUCCAUGUACAUUGUGUAUUAGGCAGCUUUUACAUGAUCAUAAUUUUAUGGAUACAUUGAAUUCUAUAAAGGCAAAAUACACAUUGGAAUGUUUUUAUUUUUUGAUCUGCGGACAUAUAAAAGUAGACAAAGGACACAGGACACUCAGCAUUGUAUUGGACUUUUUAUUGGUGUAAAGUAAUCAGAAUUAAAAGUUUUAUAA